GGCUCCGCGCCGUGCCGUGUGGCGUCGCGGCCCUGCGCGGGUGGCCGUUGGCGCAGCGUUUCCGGCGGGAGCGGGGGGUUGUGGGGGAUCGGCGCGCGCCUCUUCUUCGCGGCGGUGCUGAGGAGCGGGAGUCGUAAUGUCUCACACAAUUCUACUUGUGCAGCCUACGAAGAGGCCAGAAGGCAGAACAUAUGCUGAUUAUGAGUCAGUAAAUGAAUGCAUGGAAGGAGUCUGUAAAAUGUAUGAAGAGCAUCUGAAGAGAAUGAAUCCCAACAGUCCUUCCAUUACAUACGAUAUCAGCCAAUUGUUUGACUUCAUUGAUGACUUGGCAGACCUCAGCUGUCUUGUUUACCGUGCUGAUACUCAGACCUACCAACCGUACAAUAAAGACUGGAUAAAGGAGAAGAUCUACGUCCUCCUCCGCAGGCAGGCCCAGCAAGCAAGCAAAUAAUGGGGGCACCAUCAUUUACAUGGGUUUGGGGGAGGGCUUGGACAACAGGUGUGUACAGAGUGUAGUAGUGAACGUUUUGUAUUAUAGUCAUCAUGUUGCCAUCUUGUUAAACUCUUUAGCCAGGAUUGAAUGUAUUGUUAGCCAUGCAAGGGUUUUGUUGGAUUUGUCUUUUUUUCAGUGUAAAUGGAGAAGAAAGUGCAACAUCUUCAACAGAGUUUUAAUUUGGUUUUUUUCCUCUGGUUAGCUAAUGGUCUUGCCUUGUUUGAACCACUGGGGCUGUUCACAUUGUACUUCGCCACAUUCACUGUAUGUGCCCUUCUGUGGGGUUUCCAACAUUUAGUUAUGUCCUUGAGGCGGUCUUAAUGGGGAAAAUAAAAAAACUAAUCUUUAGUUAAAAUUGACUGCUGAGUUUUAUGUGUUUUGCCAAACAACAAAUGAAAUCCUUGUUGCCUAUUUGCCAGAGAACAGGGUUUGAAAGGUUAUGUGGACAGAACCAACAGCUGUUUACUGUAUUACAGAAUAGCUCAAGUUCUGGCCUGCCAAGUUAACUUCUCUGGCCUGGUCUUGGCUACUGCCUUUCCUGGGGAUCUUUGGAAAGCACAGCAAUCCUCUUGCAAUCUAAACUUGAUCCUUCUACCAGGCAGUUAUAUUCAGGUAAGUGUGUUUGCUCUGAGCCAGGUUAUGGGUAAGAGCAGGCUGAAUGUAUUGCAUCACAAACUUCACCAACCUUCCGCUGGUGAGGGAAUAAGCAAAACCACUUGUUUUGAUGAUUAUCUGCCCCGAACUACUUUUUCACUUUACAAAGUUUAAGGAUUUAACUGCUUGCACACACUGUAAAAUUUUAUGUGCCCCAGAUAUCUUGAACACUGAUGUCUUUGUAAUUUUGCUGUACUGAAAAAGUUUGGAUUUUGGAGGACACAUUAGACCAAAAAAAUACAGCAAGUAGAAAAACUUGGUACUUUGUGCUUUUGCAUUAGUCUAGACUUUGUCUACUAUAGGUACAGAUUUGAAUCUUAGACUGUACAGGUAUGCUCAACUACUUCAUACACAUCCAUCGUUUCUGAUAGACCUCACAGCAAAUGGAUUGGCUUCAAUGUAUGUGAGGUUGAAUUGUCUGUCUAUAGUAAAGCUUUGAUGAAAAGACCUUCACUGAGGUGACAUGUGAUAGCUGCUGAAGACUUUAAAUCAAAUUACUGAAGAGACUGAAAUUCUUGGAAGGAUAUUGGAAGGGGCUCGUAAACAUUUUUUCCCAAUACAAAUACAAAUUGGAGAUUAGAUCUACUAGCUCUACCAUUGCAGUGACUAGGAACUGAUUCAAUCUGUUAACGUCUAAAGAUGCUUCCUUUAUAGUAAAUAGUGAUUUUCAAAACAUAGUAGGUCAGAUGUACAUUAAUCUACUUAAGGUUCUUUAAAUCUGUAAAUACUUCUAUGUGGAAGUUUCCAAAUGUAGCUUUAGACAGUAAGAAAAACUUGCAAAAUUCACUCUCGCCCUGUAUAGGAAAAUUCAGAUUUUAUGUAAGCAGUGUUAUUUAAGCAGUUUACGUAGCUUAGCUUCUGGUAUAGCAAGCAGCAAAAUAAUACGUUCUUUCCUCGCGUGCUUAAGGUUUACUUCUGGUAAAUGUUAACAAUUUUUUGUUAAAAUUCCAGUAUUCUUCUGGUGGAUCAUUGAAGGCGUGAAGUGGGAUGCAAUUUUGCAGUCUUUAAUUGAAGGCAAAUAAGAACCCCCUCAACCAUUAAAAAUAUUGUUUUAAUAUUUGCCUUAUUCUGUGAGCUUGUUUUCAAUUUAAGGAAAAGCAGUCAUGUAGGAUCUUUCCUGAUCGUGUAAAGUGCAAGGAACAUGCUGCAUCUAUAGUAAUCAGUAAU